UUCAUUAUUCUUUAAACUCCGUUCUUAAUAAUAAUAUUGAAUUAAGCUUAUCUUACGGUGCAUCAGUCCUCUGAGGCCUGUGCAGUAUCCUUUAACCUAUAAGCUUUCUGUUAGUAUUUCGGACUUAACUUAUAUUUAUUUAUUUAUAUAGGCAAUAUUCUACCAACUAAAGCUAUGUCCAAAACUGUCGACUUCUGUAAUACAAAAAGUCUAAGAGAAAAAAUUCAAGAUAACACGAAAAUAAAGCAGACAGCCAUAGAUCUGGCUAUGAUGGAUAAAAUGCAAGUACUUAAGCCCCUAAAGAACACUUUGUUUAAUAAUAAAUAUUUGGUACCACAAAAAACGUCUAGAGGAUCUUUAAAAAGCAAUGGCGAAUCUAAAAUUAGAGAUAAUAAGUCUUCAGAUCCUCAUAAAGUUAAAACCUUUUUACCUUCCCUUAACAAUGAUUUUUCAAAGUUAGACCUUUUUGAUGUGACCAAUAAAAAGAAGCAAAAGAAACAAUCCAAGCCAGUUACACCGACCAACACUACCUCAUCUUAUAGGGCUCAGUCGCGGAGUCACAAAGUGACCAGCGGCAGCUCGUUAAAAGCUACGUUAAAAUUUAAAAAACACACAUCGCUCACUCCUCCUUCCACUCCAGACAAGCAGAAAGCGGAGAAUCUCAAGAAAAGUCAACUUAACAUCUAUUUCACCCCCACAAAACUUUCUCAGAGAAAACAAAGUAGAAAAGAGAGAUUAAAGUAUAAAGAAAAGAAAACUAUCGAAAGAGGGAAAGGAAAAUAUAGCCAGAAGGAGCUUUCCUACUACUUCCCGGCUCGAAAGAGUAAUAGGGUUUCUUCCAACCAAAGGAAGAAAGAAAAUGAGGAACAGUUACAGAAAAUUAUACUAGGCAGUGUUGAAUAUGAUCUUGAAGUUAGCGAUGAGGGUGAUAAAGGUAAAGGUGUUAGGACAUUAAGAGAGUUCUCGAAGGGCGAUUUCAUAUGUGAAUACUCAGGGGAAUUAAUUGGCAAAAAGGAAGCAGAUCUGCGGGAAGUAAAAUACGGCAAAGAUCCUGAGUGCGGAUGUUACAUGUACUACUUUAAGUUUAAAGAGAAUGUCCACUGCGUUGACGCCACUUUAACAGGACGAAUCGGAAGAUUUAUUAAUCACAGCGCAAAAGCAGCACUUUUUAUUUUAUCUGCAGCUAACCUUGUUACCAAGGCCAUGGAGGUCAGCGGCGUGCCUCGUCUCUUUUUUUUUGCGAAAAGGCAUAUAUUAAAAGGAGAAGAGCUUCUCUACGACUACGGAGACAGGAGCAAGUUGUCGUUAAAGAACCAUCCUUGGCUGAGGCGAUAAUCAUAAUUUUUAAGAAUAGCUACUUACAUUCUCAAAAGCAACUGUUA